CGUACGUUAACAUUGGCCAAUCAAAAUGUCACUACUAUACUGUUUGACAAAUACAUCAUCCAUUUACAGUCGAGUCCUCAAACGUAUUUCAUGCCUCGUAUACGAUUGCUAAACACGAAGGUUUAACGGCUCUACAGAAGGGUUUAUGUCCUGCUUUGCUAUACCAAGUGAUCAUGAAUGGAACAAGGCUUGGUUCCUAUCAAGUAUUUACUAAUCUAGGAUUGACUUCUGGUAGUGAUGGGAAGCCUGUGUUUUUGAAAUGUUUGGUAGCCGGGGCAUUUUCUGGGGCCCUUGGAGCACUCUUUGGUAGCCCUGCAUAUAUGCUCAAGACACAGCUCCAAUCUCAAUCAGCACAUCAGAUAGCUGUGGGCCACCAGCAUGCUCACAGGGGCUUCAUUUCACCUUUAGUAGACAUCUACUCCAAGUUUGGUAUUGUUGGACUUUGGCGUGGAGUCAGUGGUGCAAUUGCUCGUGUCAUGGUUGGUUCUGCYGCCCAGCUAUCUACUUUCUCCAAAACAAAAAGCUACAUUGCAAGCACAAAUGUAUUUUCUGAAGGAAGCUGGCUGGUUCCAGCCUGUGGUAGCAUGAUCAGCAGUGUAGCAGUAGUAUUGUGUAUGACGCCCUUUGAUGUGGUUUCUAYAAGACUCUACAACCAAGGCACAAAUAGUGCAGGAAAAGGACUCUUUUACAAUGGAUUUUUGGAUUGUUUUUUAAAGAUUUUUAAGAAAGAAGGUUUUUUAGGGUUUUAUAAAGGUGUUGGGCCCCAUUACUUCAGAAUUGGUCCACAUACAGUUCUUAGUUUACUCUUUUGGGACCAGCUUAGGAAGACAUAUGAAUCUUAUUUUGGUAAUAACUCAAACAUUGUAAAAUAAAUAUAUCCAGGCAACAUUUAUUGCAGUAAAAUCAUAUUCAGUAUA